UUAACUCAAGUAUAUGUCACCUCUUCGUUUCUCCUCCCCCUUACUCCUCCGUUAAAUUUCCCAGUAAUUCCCUCAAAACUCCUUGGGCGCGCCGUACGCGGUACACUAUCUCUCGAAGCAACCUUUUCUCUUCUUCUCUUCUCUCUUAAAUCCCUCAACAGAUCCACUUUUCACCUCAAAACCCUCGAUCUCCGAUGAUGCCGCCACCGAAUUCCGCCCAAUACACUCAACAAUUCCUCAGUAGCGUUCUCUCACAGCGCGGCCCUUCCGCACUUCCGUACACCGAAGACGUCAAAUGGCUAAUCCGGCAGCACCUGUUGUCGCUCAUCGAAACUUACCCUUCACUUCAGCCUAAAACCGCUACUUUCACUCACAACGACGGCCGCACCGUUAAUCUCUUACAAGCCGACGGCACCGUCCCGAUGGUUUAUCAAGACGUCACGUACAACAUCCCCGUUAUUAUCUGGCUGAUGGAAUCUUAUCCUCGUCACUCGCCUUUGGUGUUCGUGAAUCCCACACGCGACAUGAUCAUCAAGCGCCCGCAUCAGUUUGUGAAUCCGUCCGGGGUUGUGUCGAUCCCUUAUUUGCAGAAUUGGAUUUACCCUAGUUCUAAUCUCGUCGAAUUGGCUCGUAAUUUGAGUCAUUUCUUUGGCCGUGAUCCUCCGCUUUAUGCCCAGCGUCGUCCAAACCCUAACCCUAGCCCCAGCCCGAGCCCUCAUCCUCCGCCCAGUACGAGUUUUUCGAAUAAUAAUAAUUCGCCGGUUGGGCCGGGUGGUGUAAUUCGGCCCGCAAUACCUCCUCGGGCAUUUCCACAAUCACCUUAUGGGAGUGGUAGUACGGGGAGGAUAAUGGACGAUCCGUCGGAGGUUUAUAAGAGGAAUGCCAUAGAUAAGCUUGUUGUUAAGCUGCAUACUGAUAUAUUAGCGUUGAGAGAAGCGCGGGAGGCUGAUAUGGAGGGGUUGUUUAAUGCUCAAGGAGUGUUGAGGCAGCGUGAGGAGCGAUUGAACGAAGGUUUAAAGGAAAUGCAGGACGAGAAGGAGGGUUUAGAGCAGCAAUUACAGAUGGUUCUGAUGAAUAGUGAUGUAUUAGAGGGAUGGCUGAGAGAAAACGAGGCGAAAAUGACAAAUUUAGGGAAUGUGGAUGUGGAUACAGCAUUUGAGCCGUGCGAUCAUCUUUCCAAGCAGAUGCUGGAUUGCACGGCAUCUGAUUUGGCGAUUGAGGAUGUGAUUUAUUCGUUGGACAAAGCUAUACAGGACGGGACAAUACCUUUUGAUCAGUACUUGAGGAACGUGAGGUCGUUGUCACGCGAGCAAUUCUUUCAUCGCGCCACUGCAUCAAAGGUUAGGGCUGCUCAGAUGCAGGCUCAAGUUGCUAAUAUGGCUUCUAGAGCAUCGUCGCCUUAUGCAUUGUGAUGGAUGUCAGAAUCACUUGCAGUCUUGUUCACAACAGACCGUCGGUCAAUAUGGUUUUCAAGGUUGGUUUACUUGUGAAUAAUCUGUCAAUGUGCUAUAUCCCUGGAAAUAGAUCUUGACACUACAUUUUGGCGUGGGUGUUAGAUUUUGGUUUAUUGAUUGUAUCAUUUUGUUACUGAAGUAUAAUCAUACUUGAGGGAUUUUACCCUGUGCAACUGAUAUCCACAAUUUUCAUUUCUUUAUCAAGUCA